UUUCAUCAGUAGUGCCAAAAUUAAAUACCUACAAAAGACAAUUUGAAUUUAUUUAUAACUUUAAUCAUUAAAAAUGAAAACUGAUGGAACUAUUUUAGUAGCAUAUAGUAUGGAGAUAAUUCAUUUCUGUGGGAAAAGGACUGGGGAUAAAUUACUCAUAAGAACUCCACAUUGCAUUAACAAAAUAGGUAAGUGUCUAAAUAUACAAAACAUGCGGUGCGGUACAUUAAAAUAAAGGACUUUUAAAACAGUAAAAGUAUAAUUUAUAUAACUCAGCAACCACCCAAAAUACCUUCUUGUGGCUGAUAAUGACAAAGUGCAAGAAACGAGUUGUAAGUGGAAUGAAUAGGAAUGGUUCAAACCCCUCAUUCCACUCCAGUGGGCAGUAGUUUUCAAACAAUGAAAAAUUAAACUAAUUUGCAGCAUCUUGAGCAAACUUUCAAUUUUAAGGUUUUCCAUUCUAAAAGCUUUGUUCACUUUACCUCACUUAGUGAAAUUCCACAUCAUAAUCUUACAUUAUGGUGAGCCAACACUUUUCUACACGGCUCUUUUUCCUAAGCAGUUUGGCGUGAUGUGGAGUAUAUUUUAAGUUUGCUAAACUUCAGUUUCGUUUGUCUUCAAAAUAAGGCAGUUGUUUAUCUUUUAUUGUGCAAAUGGCCCAGCCAGCAAGAGCUGAAAAAGCCAGGAAAACUACUGAAGCAUCGUCUUAUCCCUGGCAUCCAUCUGCAUGAUUUAGUCAGUGUCUGCUGAAUGCUGAGAAGGGAAAGUUCCCUCAAUCUGGGUCGUAAGGAAUAGGCUAAUGUGUGAGUACAUCUCCCUGUUGACAUACAUAUACACUCAUUAUAUAUAAAUGAAAGAUGUUCAUCAUAGUGGCUCUGAGUUUAAAAAUGUUCCAGUUUAAGCCCUGCUAACCUGCAGGGGCUCCUAAUUGAUUACUGACUUGCGUUGCUGUAUUGUGGAAUGCUCUGUGGGAAGAGGGGUAAAUGCUUUGGCUCCUGCGGAAGGACCUUGAAAAGUGCUUUGGAAUCUAGGAUGGGCUCCAGUUGCUUUUCAGAGGCCUUUUGGGAGAAGUGGACAUUAACUAGGGAUUAGUGCUGUCAUUAGGAAGUGGAGGGAGCUUAGAAAUUGGGUGUUGCCAGUUACUGAUGACAGUGGCAAAGCCAGGGGCCCCAUUGGAAAGGAAGCUGUAGAAAUGCAAGCAGGAAUUGUUACAAUGAAACAUGUCUCCUGUGAACUUGAUCUGUGGCUUUCUCCGAGUUUGCCUUUCCAGCCUAAUCAGUGGCAAGGUUAUCUUUGAGAUAAGGUCUUUCUAAUGCAGUCCAGGAUGAUCUCAAACUCACCACCUUCCUGCCUCAGGCUCCAGAGUGGCAGGCGAUUUGCACUUUUUCCACCUUAGAUUUUUAAUGUACCUCAUCUCAUUUAAUUCUCCCAAUCUGUGGGUGCUGUUAGCAUCUCCAUUUUAUAACCCAAGGAACCAGGGUGAGCAGGACUGCGUAACUUGUUGGUAGCUCCUCCAUAGCUAGUGCAUGGCCUGGUGGAUGCUUGUUUUAUCAGUAUGUGGUUCGGCCCUAGACAGUGCACUGUAGGCAGUAGUGACAGGUUGGAUAAGCAGUGCUCAAGGAAAGCCUUGGAGGCUUCUUCACCCCUCCCCGGCGUUCUCAGAUGCUUAAAUAAGAGGAACUUUACAGUUUUUCUGGGAUUGCGACUUUCACUUCCCCAAGAUGCACGUGGUCAGAGUUCUCUGGGCACAGUGUCACUUGUGGAGCUGGGUGUUGAUCUGGACCCCUCCCAGCCCAGGUCACCAGAUGGGCUACCUGGUGGAGCCCAAAAAGCUCCCACGGAAAGAGGACUUGUGAAGCUGGGGUGACUCCUUCGAAGGAUGCAUUCACGCGGGGUCCUUGACUCAGUGUGCCCACAUUUCCUCUGAGCCACUUUGGUUCGAGAAUUUAUUUAAAAGGAGCUUUCAUUCCUCAGACUCUUUAACGCCUGGUGGCAAGGAAAAGGCAGGUAGAGGAAAGGAUGUGGGGGCGCAGGUCGCUCUGAGUCCUGGUUUCCCGUGGGGAGGGAGCAGGUACCCCCGGUGCUGGCGGUGAGUAGUACCCCGGGAGCCCACUUGGCGGGCUGCUGCUGCCCUCCCACUCUUCCCCGGCGCGUGUUGCGCGUGCGCGCGCGUCGCCGUGGUAACCGCGCAGCGGAAAGGCGCUGAAUCACCGAGCGCGCAACCCCGACGCGUGCGGACCUGAGCUGAGCUGGGGGCGGGCGGUGUCCCGGGUGCAACCUGGCAGGAGCAGUGCCGCCCCCAGCAGGUAGAGGGGGCGCCGGAGCAGGGGCCGCGGUCGCUGUCCCUGCUGGAGUGCUUCCCAGCUGUGCUUCCUCCUCGCCAUGAACUGAGUCGCUUGCUCUGCCGGGACCUUCUGCCGUGAUAUUCCUGCCUUGGAGCCAGCCCACCAUGAACUGAAUCCCCAGAAACUGACAUUUCAUAUGAGUGGAGUCAUUUUUCCUGUGACUGUUUCUGUCCUGCGUGUUUCACGUGACUCAGUGGCAUCCAGUUCAUCCACGUUCCAGCAGGGAUCAAGAGUAAACUCAUCUGCAGUGAAGUGGAAGGAGAAAUAUCCUGGGUAAAACCAAAAAAAGCCAAAUCUGCUUCCCCCUCACCCUGGAUGCCUCCGCCUAGGAAGCUGCUCAGCGCCUGGCCCACCCCUACGACCCCCAGGCAAUGCACACCUGCAACCUUUGCACUGUGAUGCUCUCCAGCUCCUCUUGCUGCUUUUGAGUAUCUGCCUUUUAAACCCAAGCCGAUGGUGGCUGAUUCCUUUGUGAUAAGGAGCUCUGAAUAGGGGCCAGAUCUGGCUCUUAAAAUCAUCAAAGGGAGCCUGUACUCAAUACUGCCUCAGAAGCCUGCUGUUCUCCCUGAGGGAGGCAGAAUGGUGCCCCCUGUAGGCACCCUCCUGUUCCUGCUGCUGCUGCUGGCCGCCUCAGGUUGUGCGGGUCAACCUUGCCGCGAGGGUAGGACCUAUUCCAAUGCCAUCAUCUCCCCAGACCUGGAGACCAUCAGAAUCAUGCCUGUGCCUCAGACCUUCUCUGUGGGAGAAUGCACAGCUGCUUGCUGUGACCUGCCUAGCUGUGACCUAGCCUGGUGGUUCGAGGGGCACUGCCACCUGGUGAGCUGCCCACAGACAGGGAGCUGCGUGCCCAAGAGGACAGGGCCCAUCCGCUCCUAUGUCACCUUUGUGCUGCGGCCCUCAGCUGAGAGGCCUGCGCAGCCGCUGGACUACGGGGAGACAAUGCUGAGCAAAGCUGUGCCCUUGGGGUCCUGGGGGGACCUCCCUGAGGACCCCCUCAAGGAUCUGCCUUUUCUAGGCAGAGACAGGGGCCUGGAGGGGCCUGCAGACUAUGCUGAUGAUGACUACAGGGGCCUGGAGCCGGGCCUCCUCCUGCCUACCAGCCUGCCCAGCCUCGGUGGGGAUUCCCAGGACUCUGGCUGGGGUGCAGGUGACGCCAGUGCCUCCUUAGGGGAUGGCCCCUCAGCCUCGGUAUCUGUGGGGAACCACCCAGCAUCCACGGAGGAGAGUCCCUUGGCCUCGGUAUCCAUUGGGUACCACCUGGCAUCCACAGUGGAUGGCCCAACAUUUGUGGGAGAUGAACCUUUAGCCUCAGCAUCUGUGGCUGACCAUCUGGGAUCUCUUAGGGAUAGUCCCAAGACAUCUGCAUCCCCAGCAGAUGGUCCAGUGGCUUCAGGAUCCACAGAGGAGAAGCCACAGGACCCUGAGCUCACUCUCCAUACCCCACAGCGCUCCACACUGAACGAGGCUACUUGGCCCACUGCCCCCAUAUCCUCUCCAUUGCCCUCUGUGGCUGCUCAGUCCCCAUCCCUGGGACAGGCUCCAGAGAGAGAUGAUGCUUCCCAGCUCCAGGCACCAUCCCGCAGCCCUGGGGGACAGGUAAUGCCUUCUCCGAGCCUUCCUGACAGCCUGGAAUUCACCCCAGCCACGGAGGAGAAAAGCCCAAUUCUCACCAUCCCUGAAUGGAGCCCAGAGCUCAGCACCCUGACAGUUCCCACUGUCGCUGUCCCUCCUGGGGCCUCCCCUUCGGAGGACCCUGUAUCUCCCAAGACAGCCCAGUUGCUGUUGGUGUCUGCUGGCGAUAACCUCUCACUCACCUUACCCCAUGACUCCGUGCAGCUGAAGGCCUCAGUUGUACCAGCGCCCCCUGCAGAUACAACCUACCACUAUGAAUGGAGCUUGAUAAGCCACCCUGUGGACUACCAAGGUGAACUCAAGCUAGAAAACACACAGACUCUUAACCUGUCUCACCUGUCAGCAGGAGUUUAUGCCUUCAAAGUCACCGUUUCUAGUGACAGUGCCUUUGGAGAGGGCUUUGUCAAUGUCACUGUUAAGCCAGCUAGAAGAGACAAUCUGCCACCUGUAGCUGUUGUUUAUCCUCAAGCACAAGAGCUCAGUCUGCCUGUGACGUUGGCCCUCCUCGACGGCAGCCAAAGUACAGAUGAUACUGAAAUAGUGAGCUAUCACUGGGAAGAAGUUAGCGGGCCUGUCUUAGAAGAGAAGAUCUCCGCCGAUUCCCCCGUCUUAUAUUUGUCACACCUUGUUCCUGGUAACUAUACUUUCAGGUUGACCGUCGCAGACUCAGAUGGGGCCACUAACUCCACAACUGCCACCCUAAAAGUCAACCAUGCUGUGGACUAUCCGCCUGUUGCCAAUGCAGGAUCAAAUCAGACCAUUACUUUGCCCCAAAAUGCCAUCACCUUGAAUGGGAACCAGAGCAGUGAUGAUCACCAGAUUGUUCUCUAUGAGUGGUCCCUGGGCCCUGGUAGUGAAAGCAAAGAGGUGGCCAUGCAGGGAGCAGGGACCCCGUACCUGCACGUGUCUGCGAUGGAGGAAGGGGAGUACACAUUUCAGCUGACAGUGACAGAUUCUUCAGGACAGCAGUCCAGUGCGGAGGCCACUGUGAUUGUCCAGCCUGAAGACAACAGGCCUCCGGUGGCUGUAGCUGGCCCUGAUAAGGAGCUGAUCUUCCCGCUGGACAGUGCUACCCUGGAUGGGAGCAGGAGCAGCGACGACCACGGCAUUGUCUUCUACCGCUGGGAGCAUGUCAGAGGCCCCGGUGUGGUGGAGAUGGCAAACGGGGACACAGCAGUAGCCACCGUGACUGGCCUCCAGGUGGGUACCCACCACUUCCGGUUAACAGUGAAGGACCAGCAGGGACUGAGUAGCAUGUCCACCCUGACCGUGGCCGUGAAGAAGGAAAAUAAUAGUCCUCCCAGAGCCCAGGCUGGUGGCAGACAUGUUCUUGUGCUUCCCAAUAAUUCCAUUACUUUGGAUGGUUCAAGGUCUACCGAUGACCAAGGAGUUGUGUCCUAUCUGUGGAUCCGAGACGGCCAGAGUCCGGCAGCUGGAGAUGUCAUCGGUGGCUCUGACCACAGUGUGGCCCUGCAGCUCGCCAAUCUGGUGGAGGGCAUCUAUACUUUCCGCCUGCGGGUAACUGACAUGGAAGGUUCCUCAGAUGUGAGCACCGCCACCGUGGAGGUGCGGCCAGACCCCAACAAGGACGCCCUGGUGGAGCUCAUCCUGCAGGUGGGCGCCGGGCAGCUGACGGGGCAGCAGAAGGACACUCUGGUCAGGCAGCUGGCCACACUGCUGGGCGUGCUGGACUCGGACAUUAGGGUGCAGAAGAUCCAGGCCCACUCAGAUCUGAGCACGGCGAUUGUGUUUUAUGUCCAGAGCGGGCCGCCUUUCAAGGUACUCAAGGCUGCCCAGGUGGCCCGGAAUCUGCACAGACGCCUGUCCAAGGAGAAGGCAGACUUCUUGCUUUUCAAGGUCUUGAGGAUUGACACGGCAGGCUGUCUCCUCACGUGUUCUGGCCAUGGCCACUGUGACCCCAUCACCAAGCGCUGUGUGUGCUCCCCACUGUGGAUGGAGAACCCUGUACAGCGUUACCUGUGGGAUGAGGAGAGCAACUGCGAAUGGAGCGUCCUCUACGUGGCCGUGCUGGCUUCGGCUCUCGCAGUGCUCUUGGGAGGCGCAGCCUGGUUUUGUAUCUGCUGCUGCAAGAGAAGGAAGAGGACUAAAAUAAGGAAAAAAACCAAGUACACCAUCCUGGAUAACAUGGAUGAGCAGGAAAGAAUGGAACUGAGGCCCAAAUAUGGUCUUAAGCAUUGCAGCACCGAGCAUAACUCCAGCCUGAUGGUGUCUGAGUCAGAGUUUGACAGUGACCAGGACACCAUUUUCAGCCGAGAACGGAUGCAGCGAGGUGACAGCCAGGGUUCCAUGAAUGACUCCAUUGGGAAUGGCACUUCCUUCAGCUACUGUUCAAAGGACAGAUAAUGGUGCAGCACUGAAGCAGGGGACUUGUUCUGCGGCACCACAUGCGACACUAGCUUUUGACAGCAUCGUUUGUUGCCCCUCCCAUGGGCAGGGUGUGUGCCCCUGAUGAGCACAAGACUGCUUUCUUGGAAUUUUCAAGAAAAAAAGAAACACAGUUUUGCCCGUUUAACUGGGAUGCUUGUUAAUAGGAAUAAAGGCUGGGUAAAACUCCUAAGGUAUAUACUUAUAAGAGUUUUGUAAGUUCGUAGCUGGUACCCUUUCAUAUUGCUCAUGCUAAAAUAAAAGGGGACCUUUAUUUUAGACCCUUAGGGAAGAUGACUUAAACAAGGAUGUUGGGAUAGCUGGUCACCCUCAGUAGCUGCAGUCACCUUCAAGGACAGCCGGCCAAGCAAGGCUUCUCCAGUCGGACCUGCAGCCUACAGCUGGGUGUCCUCCCUCGGGGAGGCUUGAGUCCUCUCCGUGCUGAGCUUGACACCUUCCCAUGCCUUUGCCACAGCCAGCACUGGGUGUGUUCUCUCAAAACCCCCAGAGCUGAGGAAGAACUGAAUUCAGGGACUGGAGACAACAGCAGGGGAGGCGGGGUUCAGAACUUGGAGGUUCAAAGUUGACUACAGCAUUUAACAUUCUUUGUCUUUCAUUCUCUAAGAAAAAUAGACCCUCACCUCUGUCUCCUAUUAUCAGCAGUGGAGUUGAUUAGUAAUUCAGGGAACAUGUAUCAAGCAUGUAAUGUAUGCUGUGCCCUGGGCCGCCAUGAAUAAGGGUAACAUCUCUGACUGUGUGACUGUUCUGAAGCAGCCUGUCCUGAUGGAAACAGGAUGGCCUUGAUACUCUGGACUACAAGUGCUUCCCAAAGGGCACCUGGAUGUAGACAUCUGCAUGUAUGUUUAAAACAUAUUUAAAAAUAAAACAAAAAGAUUUAUUAAACAGUUUUCUAUCAAAUCAUUGUAAACAUGGAAAAAGUUAAACCAUUUCUACCCAAUUAACUGAAGUUGAUUGUAAUUCAGCACAGAAUUACGUGCUCAUUAGUCCCAGCACUCUAGGAAGCGGACACAGGAGAAUCCACAAGUUUGAACAACCUGGGCAACUUGGUGACAUAGUGAGACCUUGUGUCCAGGUAAAAUACACAAAGGGGUUAGGGAUGUGGCUCAGUGCAAAGGACCUAGUUUCAGUGCCUCGUACCACAGAAAAAGUAGCCUGCCAAGGUGAUUGGUCCCUGCAAGCCCCCAGCUGCUUGUGGUCCUGAGGCUUUGUAAUGCCUAGAACAUUCUUUGCGGGAAGAACAGGAAGAGAGAGAACCAGUGUUGUGGCAUCACCCGAAGAGCAUCCUGCUGUGUGUGCUUCAUGACUUGCAGUGCAGCCAGGUGCCCAAGUCACACCCUGAGCACUGGAUCUGAGAAUCCUGCUGCACUGCCCCAGGAACUCCUACCCCAAAUGCUGGAGGGUAAAAUCUGCAGGGCCCUCAGGGCCUCCUGAGAGUUCUGCUCCUAGGAUUUAGAAGGAGCUCUUUUAACAUGGCCAAGAGCAAAGAACAUGGGGAGAAAGCACCCACCUGUCGCUCCUGUUAGAUCUCUGCUGGGCCACCCCUCCCCUGCCAUCUCUCUCCUUUUCUGCCCGACUGUCUCAGCCUGGCCUCUGUGACCUUUCUACCAGAGGGGUCUUGAAUCUAUGGGGGAAUUAAAAAAUAAACACCACAGUGGUGAUGAGAAACGGGGUCUCUUUUCAUUACCCCACCCCGCAUCAGAGGACAGAGCACAAGCUGGUAUGGUCACCUGGCAGUCUUGAUCUUGUGCUGCUUGUCAUGGUCUUCAGGCGAUGGAGCUUCGGGUAAACGGAUGGGCUGCAAGAGUAUGGGAGAGUGUGCGGGGCUCACAGCCUGGACCAGCAUGGAUAUGUGCUGGUUUCGAUUGAGAGAAAGAGGAACAGUAUCUACAGCAUCAGCAGCCCACACGUUUAUACCCACAGAAUUCUAAAGACAGUUUGUCACUCAGUAGGCCAGGCAUGGUCCCAUGAAGGUGGGGAAGAAUCGGGGAGCUUGUCGUUUUGAGUGUGACCAAGCUGCUCUAAAUCUUGGUUUUAUUUUUGAAAUUGUAUGGCUUCCCUCAUGUGUCCACAAGUUAUGACUUGCUAAUGUAAUACUAUUAAAAACAUACACUAAUCUAUGUAGAAAUGUUGGUGUUUUCUGUAAUGCUGUUUUUUUCUUUUUUCUUUUUCUGGUAUGGGGGAUCGAACUUAUGACUGGGGGCUUGCAAGGCAGGCACUUAUGCCGCUGAGCUAAAUCCCCAGCCCCUGUAAUGCUGUUUUAAGGAAGAUUUUUUUUUUAAUGCUUUCAUAUAGAGGGAGUCCCUUAAGUAUGAGUCAGAAACUGUCACCUGUAGCCUGUUCUCCUGUUCCCUGGCAACUACAAAAAGUGGGUUUUACAUUUUUGAAUGACUGAAAAGAAAUAAAAUAUUUUGUUUCUUGCGACUUGUAUGAAAUGGAGAUUUUUGUCCAUUAAAUAAAGUCUUACUGGAACACA